AGAUCUUGGUAUGGAUGAAGAUGAUGAUGAUGCUAUUCCUUUACCCAAUGUCAAUGCUGCUAUUUUAAAAAAAGUAAUUCAGUGGUGUACUCAUCACAAAGAUGACCCACCGCCACCAGAAGAUGAAGAAAACCGUGAAAAAAGAACAGAUGAUCUCAGUCCUUAUGAUAUUGAGUUCCUGAAAGUAGAUCAAGGAACAUUAUUUGAACUUAUUUUGGCAGCAAAUUAUCUGGACAUCAAAGGCCUCCUUGAUGCGACUUGCAAGACAGUCGCCAAUAUGAUAAAAGGCAAAACACCAGAGGAAAUCAGGAAGACAUUUAAUAUAAAAAAUGACACUCCAGCUGAAG